UACACCAUUCACCAGCCCAUAGCCAUAGAGAAUAGAGAAAAUUAUUUUGCUGGUGGUUAGUAUUGUCCAUUUGGAUAAAUUUUGUUUCAGUGUUUAAAACUACAAAUGAAAUAAUUAUUUUAUUUCAACAGUAAUGGAUUUAGAAGGAGAAGAGUGUGGAAGCCACAGUGGAUCCAGUCCAAUCCAGAUGCAGCCAGACUACUUGGAUGGUCAAGGUCAAGACAACUCAAGGUCAAUGCUCCAUUCACAACAUCAAGGACCAGACAUGGACAACUGUGAUUGGCCAAUCCAUGCACCAGAUCAACAUCAAGACACCAUUGAAGAUAAGCAUCACAUCCAAAUCAAUGUGGACAAUCAAAGUGUAUACUUGGCUCACAACUACACAAAACAUCCUAUUGAAAUGAUUUGGAUCAAACCAGAGGAACUAAUUGAAGAAGAUGAUGAAGAAGAAGAACAGCAACAAUGUGGAGUAGAAAUUGGAGUGAGAAGUGAAGAAAUAAAGCAAGAUAGUGAUACCUGUCUGCAGAUUGAAAGCAUCUAUUCUCUCUGCUCAGAUAGACUGAAUUCUGACCCCUCUGCUCUUGAACAUAUAAAAGUUGAAACUGAAGAAGUUAAGGAGGAACACAUAUCUUUCAAAACAGACCAUUCAGAUAAAUUGAUGCAAAUUGAAGAUAUUUCAUCUGAGAAUUAUGAAAGUGGAAGUGUAUCAUCUGGACUGUGUAUACCAUACUUUGAGGAACGAGAAGGUUCAAGCUCCCAUAGGUCUGUUGAUGCAACACCUGGAAACACUAUAAUGGAAGAUCCUGAAAAAAUUGGCAAUGAGGUGGACUUACUAAUUGAAAAUGCAAGGAAGAAUGUAAUUGAUGCAGCAAGUGAUAGUGAAUUAACAAAGUAUCAGUCGUGUGAUGAAGCAUUCAGCAGCACUAGAGAAUUGAAUCUUCAUUGUAGAAUACACACAGCUGGAAAACAUGCUUGCAAAUUCUGUAACUACAAAACAAAAUGGAAAUCACAACUCAUCACUCAUCUAAGGACACACACAGGAGAAAGACCCUUCAGCUGUGAUUUGUGUGACUACAAAGCAAUACAGAAAACACAUCUUAUCGAACAUUUAAAGUCACACACAGGAGAAAGACCCUUCAGCUGUGAUUUGUGUGACUACAAAUCAAUACACAAAUCUAAUCUUAUUAGACAUUUAAAGUCACACACAGGAGAAAGACCCUUCAGCUGUGAUUUGUGUGACUACAAAGCAACACAGAAAUCAGAUCUCAUCAGACAUUUGAAGUCACACACAGGAGAAAGACCCUUCAGCUGUGAAUAUUGUGACUACAAAGCAACACAGAAAUCAGAUCUCAUCAGACAUUUGAAGUCACACACAGGAGAAAGACCCUUCAGCUGUGAUUUGUGUGACUACAAAGCAACACAGAAAUCACAUCUCAUCACUCAUCUAAUGACACACACAGGAGAAAGACCCUUCAGCUGUGAAUAUUGUGACUACAAAGCAACAGGGAAAUCAAGUCUCAUCACUCAUCUAAGGACACACACAGGAGAAAGACCCUUCAGCUGUGAUCUGUGUGACUACAAAGCAACACGAAAAUCAACUCUCAUCCGUCAUCUAAUGACACACACAGGAGAAAGACCCUUUAGCUGUAAUUUGUGUGACUACAAAACAACACGUAAAUCAACUCUUAUCAGACAUUCAAAGUCACAUACCUGAGAAAAAUGCCUCUUGCGGUAAUUUCUGUGAAUAUGAAUCAAUAUAACAUAACAUAUACAUAAUUAUUAUAUUAUUCAUACAAAAGUUGCUAAUACUAAACUUAGUCCUUAUUAUGAUAUUCCACUAUAAUAAGAUGUGUGGGUGUGAUCAUUAUAGUCUUUUUCUAAAACAUGUAUAAAAAAAUUAUUUAGUAAUAAUAGUUAUAAAGGUUAGUUAUUAUAAUCAUAUAUUAUCCUUAUAAUGAUAUCCCACUAUAAUAAUAAGUUGCCGGGGUGAUCAUAAUAUUCUUUUCUAAAACAUGUAUAAAAAUUUAUUCAAUAAUUUCAGUUAUAAAGGUUGGUUAUUAGUUAGUUUUAAAGGUUAGGUAGAAUAUAAUACUUAUAGAUAUAUUAUAAAAAGAUGACAGUAGUUUAUCCUAUAUCCUAUUUGCAAUGGGCUCCUCGGUCUGGUAAAUUCCAGUAUCAUGUAACCAAUUCCGUACUGCUCUCAGAGUAAAGACAAUCAGAGAAAUUAUUAUUAUUAUGCCUGAUAUUUUAGAUUCAAAAUUAUUCUCAUAAAAUUAUGUCAGACAUCUUGUGACAAUAAUUAUGAGUUACUCGAAAUUCCAAUGGGUAUUCAAAUCGAUUUUGAAUAAUUAAAUUGAUGAUGAGGGUAGGGUCAGGGAAAGCUAGAUGAUAGCUUGUUGUAUUUAAUCUAUAAGUUUUGAGUUUGUAAAAAACAUCUACUGACACCAUUCCCUACAAACUCACUCCUAUUCUUCUUUGAAAUCAAUUUAUGGGCAAUUUUAAUGUUAAAAGCCUAGUUGAAAUGAAAAGUGGGCAUGUCUCAAUUUAAUAAUUUUGAAUGAUAUACUGCGUAAGUGACUACCUUCCCAAGAUAUAUAUAUAUCUGAGAACUUUGAACUUUGAUUGAUAUACUUCCUACAACAAGAUAAUACUUUCUCAAGAUAUUAUUUAUUUAUUUGUAGAUAUUAUUUCCUUGCUUUCUCCAGAUUACUUGUUUUGCUGCUAGAUGAUCACUAAACAGAGUCAGAUGCACUUUAAUCUGUGAGCAUUGGUUAUAUGGCAACUAAUGAUGUUAUUUGGGAAUGUGGUAUUCAAUGAAAAAGAUGCUAUUUAAUUAAAUGCAGCUAGUCUCUAACUUGAUUUUUCCACAAAAACAUUGAACAAGUUGAAAAAAUGCGGGAACGUUUCUACUUAGAUGAAGAGUGUGUUUGUGUGUAAUAUUAGUGUGAAGUAAUGAGUAAUUUCUAAUCAUAUUAAGUGAGCAAUUUCUGUAUUUUAAUAUCUGCUUAUUUUUAUUUAUUUAUAUAUGGUUAUUUGUGUUCAACAGAUCUUGAAAACAACUCUAACGAUUUUCACUAAAUUUGGAACAUAGUAGGUUUAUGAUAUAAAAAUUCGAUUGCACUAGGUCUCAUCCCCGGGAAAAAUCGCUGAAGGACAUGAAAAUGAUAAUAAUUAUUCAUACUCAAAACAACGGAUGAUAAUUUCGUCCCCUGUCGAAAGAGAAGAUAUGUGUGUGUGGGAGAGAAAAAGAACUAUUUACAGCUGUUUUAUCUAUUAGCAAGAAAUAUUAUCUAAAUUUUUUUAUUGACUUGAUCAAAAUAAUCUGAUUUGUUGACAUGACAUGAUAAUUAUUCUAAACUAGAGUAUAUCAUAAUUUUCAAAGUUAAUAAUUAUUUGACAAUUUUAAGUAAUUUGUGAGUGUUAUUAAUUUGUUAUUCAAUUUGGUUUGUGAAUAAUAAUCUAAAUUAGAACUUUUUUGUUGUUCAAUGUUUGGACUAAAAGUUGAACCUGAAUUCAAGUGUAUGAAACAUAAUCUACUUUCUGGACUAUUCAUAGUGUAUAAAUCAAAAUUCUGGGAAGAAACAGUUUUGGGCUGUGCCAUUUAGUCCUUAUCCAAUCAUUUUAAAAAAAUUGUGUUCUUUUUAUCAAUAGUUUUUAAAUAAAUAAUGAGCAAAGCUCGGUGCCCCGAUAUUUAUUUGUUAAUAUUAGAUGAUUCUUUCUUUCUCAUAAAUUAUGAAACCUACUACUGUCACUUGUACAAGAAUAAUAAUUAGAGAAGAAAAAAAUAUGAAAAUUAAUUGAUGUG